AUGGAUUUGGUGCUCUUGCUGUGCUUCGUGGCCACUUGUUCGAAGGGCAUGUGCAUUCGGUACUGCCGCGAGGUGGAACGUUUAAAGUUCGACGUUUGGUCGAAAACAACGAGGCGUACGAUUGAUGACCCUAUGGGAGAUGAAUGGGACGGCGAUGACGAGGAUGGUGAUGAUGGCAUGAAUGAAGAUGAUGCCGUUGCGAUGGAAGAAUCCAAUGCUGUGGCGUUGGUCGACGGUGGCGCCGCACCUGUCAUUUCUUUUCAGAGAUUCGAGAAAGUUGUCGUUUUCAAUGAUGACAGUGAAAUUGAAGCUGCUACUAAUACGAGUUACCUACAGCCAGCGGUGAAGAAUUACCAGUCGGUCGAUGCGAUUAUCAAGCCGGAUAUUUUGCUCCAGGUGACAGGUGCACACAAACACCCCUGCAAGCAAAAAGGUCUCCACGAUGUGUUGGAGCUUCUGGGAAAUCCUGCAGCACCGCGGCUGUACUUCGUGCUUCCGCCUGACAGAUUCACCGAUUUCAAAUAUCAAAAGUAUCUGGACUCAAAACGCAAGAGGAUGAUGGCGCCAAGCUAUGAGAACGUGUGCAAGAUACAGCAGUUUGCGAUGGAAGUCAAACUUGAAUCGGAGUAG